AUGGAGUGGCGCCGCAAUCUGAGCGACUGGCUCGUGCAGUCGCUCGCUGCUCGGCUGUUACUGUUCGCCAUCAUGUCGACCAAUGAGAGCCAAGCGCUGCUGUCGCCGCGGAUUGCCUCAAAGGAUGCCAUCCAGGCCAAAUCGAUCACGGCCGCCUCGCCAAGAGCCGAAUCGAGUCGGCUUAUAGCGAAUGGCGAAGACGUUAUCGUGCCGGCGGACGAGCUGGAAGAUGACUCUGCUGAGUCAGCAUCCGCGUUUGGUGGGCGCACGUCGCCACGGUGCGAGCCGUGGCUGUGGUCGGUGUUUAAGGUGCUGCUGCUCGUGCUGCUCUGGCAGAUCUUCAGCACGGCGCUCUCCCUGUACAACAAGGCGCUAAUCAGUGAGAAGCACGGGCGAUUCCCAGCGCCGCUGCUGAUGACCACAGUCCACUUCCUCGUGCAGGGGGGCAUCGCCUUGCUGCUAUUGCGCUGCUGCUGCCACUCUUGGCUACCCGUCACUCCCAUCUCCUGGCGCGACUACUUCGUGCGAGUGGUGCCCACGGCAGUGGCCACAUCGCUUGACAUUGCCCUCUCCAACCUCUCACUCGCGCUCAUCACCCUCACCUUCUACACCAUGUGCAAGUCCAGCGCGCCUGUCUUCCUCCUCCUCUUCGCCUUCCUCUUCCGCUUCAAGCUGCUGGGCAUCAUGCUCGUCAUCUCCGUUGGUGUGCUCUUCACAGGUGGGCGAGGGGGGAAGGAGGGGGGACGGGAAGGGGAGGAGGAGGGGGUCAGAAGGGUGUUACGAGUAUCAUCCAGCAUUUCAUCAACUGACCGCCCCCUUCUUUUGUGUCCUAUUUCCCUGUGCGUGUUCCCAACAUGUGCAUUCUCAACCCAUGAAAUGUCAACUCACCAUCUCCCCACCCCCUAUUGCCGAUUACACUCGCGGCAGGGGGAUAAACUUGGUCUCACCAACCCGCUGCUCACGCUGGCCUAUCUAGCGCCCGUGAUGGCGCUCGUGUGUGGUAUCUUCUCACUGCUGCACGAGCCCUGGUCUGCGCUCACCUCCUCGCCCUACUUUGACACGUGGCCGCACGCCCUCUGGAGCCUCGCCAUCAUGCUAGUGGGGGGAAUCCUCGCUUUCUGCAUGAUCAUGGCCGAGUUCCUGCUGGUGCUGGAGACCAGCGCCGUCACCUUCUCUGUCGCCGGCACCGUCAAGGAGGCCGCCACCAUCCUCGUGUCGCACAUGGUGUUUGGGGAUCGCUUCACGCGCAUCAACCUGCUGGGCAUCCUCAUAAUCAUGCUCGGCGUCUCCCUCUUCAACCUCUACAAGCUGUCUCGCAACAAGGCACGUGAGUCUGACGGCCAUCUGGUGCACACGCUCAGCGAUGCACCCCUUCCUGACCACCCGGGCAUGUCCUCCGAGCAACUGCAGCUGCUGCACCACCCCGCCUCGCCCUCUUCCUCCGCCCCCCAAUCAUAUCCGCUCUCCCCCCGUGGCACCCGGGACUCCACGCACGUGCUGCUGGCCACCAGCAUGAGCCCUCGUGCCCACGCCCACACGCGCCUCACCUCCCCCCGCGCGCAGGGUAGCCCCGCGGGCAGUGCAGCGUUGGAAAUGACGGGCAGCACCUCUGAAUCGAGUGCGGUGACUCGUGCAGGCGGUGCUGAUGGCAGUGCUGAUAGCAAGGGAACGGGGCUGACAACUUAUGACGCCGUCGAAAUGGAAGCAAUCCCCAAAGUGGAAAAGCAAGCACAAGUGUAG